UGUAGCUAAAUCCCACAGUCCGUUUGUCAUGAACAAAGAACCGGGCUGACUCGGUUUUAAUUGCUCAAGUCAAGCGCUCAGUCAGGACUCAGGAGUCAGGGCUCAGGACCCAUAAUUUGAAAGAAGUAAACAAAAUAAAACAAGAAAAAAAAAAAAACUCUUUCCUAUUUUUCUCGAUUCUCUUCCCCUCUUUCUCAGAUUUCACUAUGCAAGAGGGAAAUUUUUUGUACCCAAUUUUGCAGAUGCAGAGGUAAAAAGUGCUAGGAGAUAAGGUUUUGAUCACAGUCCUUUGAUCUUUCUUGAGGAUUCUUGAUUGGGUCUUAACUGUUUUGGAAUUCUUUGAGCUGGGUUUUGAUCAAAACUCGUUGUUGGUUCUUGAUUGUUCUGGGGAAUUUAGUUUGUAUUGAGCGUUUUGGUUUCUCUAGACUGGCAAUCCUUUGAAUUGUACUUCAAAGAAUAAGUAUCGAGUUAGAACUCAUCAGCUGCUUCUGUGGCAGUAAUUCGUUGUCUUCUCUCUUUCGUUGUUUCUUUACUCUUCUUAAUCUUGGCCGAUUGAAAAUUCAUUCGAGUGUCAAAGUCUUUACUUUGUAUCAUCUUCUCGUGUAUUUUUAGAUUGAUACAAUUUGUAGCUUUCUUUAAAUCUUAUACUUGAUUUUGGGUUUUUGAAAGUUCUUGUUCUCGAAUAAAGGUAGUCUGUAACUGCAAUGGCAAAUAAUCCACCUCAACCUUCCGUUGGAUAUCCUCUCACUAUUACUCCAAAAAUUGAUACAUCAACACCUGAGAAAAGUCCAAUUCCUCCUUCGCCUCCAAUUUUAGCUCCCAGAUUUCCCCCUCCAAUUUUGCAACAAGACCAGGUCCUUUCCCCCUCAAUUAAAACUCCAAAUUUACUAUCAUCAGCCAACGGGGUUAAUAUAGGAAGCCCAAUUCCUCACCUAAGUACUCCCCCUGGCCCUCCUGUGUUUUCUUCUCCUGUCCGGCCUGCUGCUGUGCCUUUUCGAACUUCUCCUGCAACUCCUCAGCCAAUUGCUUUCUCAUCAGGCUCUUCAUUGCCUACAUCAUCACCUCCGCAUUUCUUAAAUGGGUCCCCUGAGUUGCAGCACCAAGUUCCCCAAGUUUCAGAGGACUCAAUGCCUGCUGAGGAAUUAUCUUGUAUCUUAUUCUCUGCUCACAAGGUAUUGAGGCAGAAGAAACUUGCAAAUGUGCCUAGUUUGGGUUUUGGGGCAUUGAUUUCUCCUGGAAGAGAGAUUUCACCAGCUCCCCAAAUAAUUCAGCGUGAUCCCCAUCGAUGCCAAAAUUGUGGAGCUUAUGCAAAUCUCUAUUGCAAGAUAUUACUUGGUUCAGGCCAAUGGCAAUGUGUAAUUUGCCGUAAGUUGAAUGGAAGUGAUGGUGAAUACAUAGCUCCAAGCAAAGAAGAUCUUCGUAAUUUACCUGAACUGUCAUCGCCCCUCGUUGAUUAUGUCCAAACUGGGAACAAGAGACCUGGUUUUAUUCCAGUUUCUGAUUCCAGAAUGUCUGCACCCACUAUUCUUGUUAUAGAUGACUGUUUAGAUGAAGCGCACUUGCAACAUCUACAAAGCUCCUUGCAUGCGUUUGUUGAUUCACUUCCCCCUACGGCAAGAAUUGGAAUCAUAUUGUAUGGCCGAACUGUAUCAGUUUAUGAUUUUUCAGAGGAAUCAAUGGCAUCUGCUGAUGUCCUUCCUGGUGAUAAAUCACCUACUCAGGAAUCCCUGAAAGCAUUGAUAUAUGGAACUGGGGUGUACUUAUCGCCUAUGCAUGCUUCAAAAGAAGUAGCACACCAAAUAUUUUCAUCAUUGAGACCAUAUAAAUUGAACAUUGCAGAAACUUCAAGAGAUCGGUGUCUGGGUACUGCAGUUGAGGUUGCGCUGGCCAUAAUUCAAGGACCAUCUGCAGAAAUGUCUCGAAGUGUUGUCAAAAGGGCUGGAGGUAAUAGUAGGAUUAUCGUGUGUGCUGGGGGACCUAAUACUUAUGGCCCUGGAUCAGUCCCUCAUUCGUUUAGUCACCCAAAUUAUCCUCAUAUGGAAAAGAUGGCACUCAAAUGGAUGGAGCAUCUGGGUCAUGAAGCUCAUCGUCAAAAUACAGUGGUUGACAUCCUAUGUGCUGGAACUUGUCCUGUUAGAGUUCCAAUUUUACAGCCUCUUGCAAAAGCAUCUGGGGGUGUCUUGAUUCUUCAUGAUGACUUUGGAGAAGCAUUUGGUGUAAACUUGCAAAGGGCAUCUAUCAGGGCAUCAGGCUCCCAGGGUUUACUGGAAGUUCGGUGUUCUGAUGAUAUUCUUAUUAGUCAAGUUGUGGGUCCUGGUGAAGAGGCACAUGUGGAACCUCAUGAAACUUUUAAAAAUGAUACUUCGCUCUCUGUUCAAUUGCUAAGUGUAGAAGAAACCCAGAGCUUUGCUCUCUCCAUGGAAACUAAAAGAGAAAUCAACAGUGAUUGUGUAUUUUUCCAGUUUGCAAUUCAAUACUCGAGCAUUUAUAUAGCUGAUAUUUCAAGAGUUAUCACUGUCAGAUUGCCUACAGUUGAUAGUGUUUCAGAAUAUCUCGAGAGCGUUCAAGAUGAAGUGGCUGCAAUUCUUAUUGCCAAGAGGACCCUCUUGCGAGCUAAAAACUCUUCAGAUGCAAUUGAUGCGCGGGCAACAAUAGAUGAGAGAAUUAAAGACAUGGCCUUGAAAUUUGGGUCACAGGUACCAAAGUCAAAACUUCAUCGGUUCCCAAAAGAACUUUCGUUAUUGCCAGAGCUCCUUUUUCAUCUUAGAAGAGGCCCACUUUUGGGUAACAUUGUUGGCCAUGAAGAUGAGAGGUCUGUAUUACGGAAUUUGUUUCUCAAUGCGUCAUUUGAUCUUUCACUCCGAAUGGUAGCACCUCGAUGUUUAAUGCACCGAGAAGGUGGCACAUUUGAGGAAUUGCCUGCUUAUGACCUAGCAAUGCAGUCUGAUACAGCUGUUGUUCUUGACCACGGCACUGAUGUCUUCAUCUGGUUGGGCGCUGAACUAGCUGCUGAUGAAGGACGAAGUGCAGCAGCCUUAGCAGCUUGCAGAACAUUAGCUGAAGAGCUCACUGAAUUGCGGUUCCCAGCUCCUAGGAUCCUUGCAUUCAAGGAGGGGAGUUCUCAAGCCCGAUACUUUGUUUCUCGGUUAAUACCAGCUCACAAGGAUCCUCCUUAUGAACAGGAGGCAAGAUUCCCGCAGCUUCGUUCUUUAACAACAGAACAGCGGACAAAGCUAAAAUGCAGCUUUAUUCAUUUUGAUGAUCCUAGUUUAUGCGAGUGGAUGCGAAGCUUAAAAGUGGUGCCACCAGAACCAAGUUAAGCUGUACUCUUUUGCAAUUUAGCGGCUAGUGUACCUUUAGAAAGAAUCUUAGGAGCUGCAUCCUACUUUGGCCAUCGGAAACCUGUCUUCUCUCAUCUGUCUUUUUUUUUUUUUCUCUUUUCUUUAGUGGUUAAAGGGGAUGCUUCUUGGAUGAUGCCAAGGAAUACAUCUAAUUAUUUCCCCCAUUUCUUCUUCUUUUGGAAGUAGGAAACAUCUAUACUCGACUGUCAAAAAGUUUUGAUAUUGUGUCAUCGUACUAUGUUUCUAAAUUGAGACACUCUUUGGGGAAGCAAUAAAAAGAUUACCUUUUCUGA